UCCUGUCCCUCCAACUCUUCCCAAAACCACAUCCAGCACAGGACUGAGCUUACACAUCGAGGUCAUCAGCCCAACCGCUUAAGACUUGCUUCCUUUGUUUUCAUCAUCAAUAUCCAACAAUAUCAUCAUCAAGCAUCAUCACCAACAUUGCUAUCGCCCAUCAUGGCAACCGACGUCCAGGAUUACCAGCCCGCGCCGACGCACGAGUCAGCAAGAGGCACAGGUCACCAAUCGGUCCCCUCCAACUCAACCGUCACGACUGUGAACGACAACUCUACGGUGCCCCUCAAGCUUGAGGCCACCGACACAACAACACCACCCAAUGGCGUCGACACCGACACAGACGAUGCCAAUCUCCCGGAGCCUAGACAUCUCCUCGAGAGGAUUCCGACUGUUCUCCAGCCUAGUAUCCCGUGGAGGAAGAGGCUGAUGCACUUUACCUUUGCUUGGUACACCGUCACACUUUCAACCAGCGGUGUCUCUUUGGUCCUAGCCAUCACCCCCCACCGCUUCCGCGGUCUCUCCACCAUCGGCCUCGUCAUCUUUCUCCUGGACCUUCUCUUCUUCUUGGUGAUCACCGCCUCCAUCACCCUCCGCUUCGUCCUCUACAAGUCGACCUUCCGCCGCGCCUUCACCCGGCCCAACGAAGCCCUCUUCGUCCCGACCUUCUUCCUCUCCAUCGCCGCCAUCCUCUGCAACGUAGCCGAGUACGCCCGCAUCUUCAUCUUUGACGGCGACAUUUCCUACCAAUUCCCCGGCCUCGGCAGCAACAGCACCCCCUCAGCAGAACCGGACGACUCCCACGCCGCCUCCGCCUCCCUCCCCACCUUCGCCACCUUCCUCUGCAUCGCCUUCUGGUUCUUCUCCGCCCUCACCUUCCUGGUGUCCGUAAUCCAAUACCACUUGCUCUUCACCGUCAAAGCCGAGCGUCGCCUCUCGCUCACAACCAUCACCCCCGCCUGGGUGCUGCCCAUCUUCCCCGUCAUGCUGAUAGGAACGCUUGCCGGCUCAUUCUCCAAAACGCAGCCACCCGAAUCGGCGAUAGCCAUGAUUUGCGCCGGACUGGCUGCCCAAGGACUGGGACUGUUGGUCAGCUUCUUCUUCUUCAGUUCUUACUUGAGCAGACUGAUGGCGUUCGGAUUACCCGCGCAGAGACCGGGUAUGUUCAUCGCCGUGGGACCGCCGAGCUUUACGGGGGCGGCGGUCAUUUCUAUGGCGUCCGAUAUUCCCCGCGUCUUCUCGCAACUUCAGGAGUCCCGGGUCGCCAUCUUGACGGGAGUGGGCGACAUGGCUACCCUGGCGGCGGGAGUCAAGUUGGGUGCUAUCUGGCUAGGUGUUUUCCUCUGGGGCCUUGGGUUCUGGUUUUUCGUGUCGGCUGUGGCGGGCUGCGUGGCGGGCAUGCAGGAUAAGAGGUUUCAUUUGAGUUGGUGGAGCAUGGUAUUUCCGAAUGUCGGGUUUACCAUCGUCACUAUCAAGAUUGGGACGGGCUUGGGAAGUGAGGGGGUGUUGUGGAUGGCAAGCGGGAUGACGGUGGCACUGGUUCUAGCGUGGGCGUUUAUAGGGUAUCGCUGUGUUAGGGCGGUGGUGAAGAGGGAGAUUGUGUGGCCGGGGCAUGAUGAGGAUUCUUAGGCAUCUCGAGGAGAAGAGUCCUUUUCUGUUCAGGUCGUGUAAGAAGAGGUGGAGACUAAGAGCUGGAAUCUUGGGUUUU